AUGAGCGACAUCUUUGCAAGCUUUACCAAAGUAGAGGAAGUACGAGACGCUGUGAGCCAACUGGAGCAGGGUAAAGCGUCCACUGGGCGCAGCGAGACGCUCCUUGAAGCGAUGAACAGCACAUUGCAAUUGCAACAGAAGCUGAACGAGAAGUUGCAGAAGGUGGUGAGUGGAAUGAACGCCGAAGACUUGAAAGUCAAAGAAAAGGAGACACAUUUGGAGAAGAGAACGAGACACGAGACGGAUGAUAACGAUAAUGAUUCUUCAAGUGACUCGUCCUCGUCCAGUAGUAGCAAUGAUGAGGACGAUGAAGAAGAGAUAGAUCAACGCAAGAAGCGGAAGCUACCGGAAAAGCCGACGCUGAGCGGCAAGAAGGACAGCGCAGAUCUGUCUCUUGCUCAUAAGGCUCUGGACACAAUCUCGAAGAUCAAAGUAGUCAACAGGAGAAUUGACUUGGAGAUAAGUAGCCAGUGGACGAAGGCACUGUUCGACCUCAAGCUCAUUCUUGAUCACCAAUCAAUAGGCAAGACGCUCGUACAACUGAUAAACCGGCUGCUGAGGUUACAGCUCGUGCGCUUGGCAGAGCUGUGGUGGUCUUCAGAGAGAUUCGGUGGACACACAAGCAAGCGAUGGAAGUGCAGUCACUGA